AAUACAUCAUCAGUGCACAGCUGAAUCUCCUCUUAUAACCUAAAUCCUCAAUCAUAGUCCUGACUGGCACAGGAUCCUACUUGUCAUUUCACAUACGCGCACAAAAUAUCUUACUACAGCCUCGAACGCGUCAGGUUUCGUUCCACGCGCCUUGCAUUGCUGGACAAGUUCUCUCCCCCUCCAUUGGCUAGUCCUAGAACCUUGCGCGCGGAGUCCCCACGAGCCACCUCUCUACCUCCCUAGUCACUAAUAUAAUAACAGCCUCACCCACCGCGGUCAGAGCUUCCAAACGGUUUUCUUCUGCUCGAAAUGGACCCUUCGGUCGAUGCAAUGGCCGUCGAUGGCCAAGAGCCUGACCAUGACUCGGGCAAACACACAAUCAUGGGCGGCCAAGACACUCCCAUGGAUGGCGACGAGAGCGUAAACACGAUAACAGCCUCGUCAGUACAGGCGCUGCCGGACAUGGGUUAUAGCAAUGGAGGCAGGCCAUCGACCUCAUAUUCCGACACGGCAUUCUCACGGUCACAAUCCUCACGUCCGGGUGUCUUUACGCCAAAUUCCGAUGCCGAUACACCUCCACGAUAUUCUGGCUAUCACUCCGGACAGAACUAUCAACCGAAUUCAAGACCCAACUCGUCACUCGCAGGACGGACAUACCAUGAACAGAACCAGAGAUCGUCACAGGCCCAGCAAGAGACGGGCAAGAACACCAGUGUUGUCAUCAAGGUCGGCAUGGUUGGAGACGCUCAGAUCGGCAAGACCAGUCUAAUGGUCAAAUAUGUAGAAGGCAGCUGGGAUGAAGACUACAUUCAGACGCUCGGCGUCAAUUUUAUGGAAAAGACGAUUUCGAUCCGCAAUACUGAAAUUACUUUCUCCAUCUGGGAUCUGGGUGGGCAGCGCGAAUUUGUGAACAUGCUGCCGCUUGUCUGCAACGACGCCGUGGCCAUUUUGUUCAUGUUUGAUCUAACGCGAAAAUCAACUUUGAAUUCUAUCAAGGAAUGGUACCGUCAAGGAAGAGGGUUCAAUAAGACGGCGAUUCCUUUCUUGGUUGGUACAAAGUAUGAUCACUUUGUUAACUUCCCGCGAGAGGAGCAGGAAGAGAUUUCUAAUCAGGCGAAGCGAUUCGCGAAAGCGAUGAAAGCCAGUCUCAUUUUCAGCAGUACUUCUCACAGCAUCAAUGUCCAAAAAAUAUUCAAGAUAGUACUCUCGAAAGCUUUCGAUCUCCGGUGUACAAUACCCGAGAUCGAGAACAUCGGAGAGCCUCUUCUUCUCUAUCAAUCCGUAUGAUGCAACCUUCUUCGGAGCCAGGGCCGCGCCCAAAGAUGACGCAACGAGUACGUUCACUGCAUUUGGAUGCGACGAUCCUUUCUUUUCGAUGCAUAGAUGCCUGGCGCUUAGCGGUGCAUCUGGUUCAUGGGGGCAAUUGGAGUUACAAGGGGGCACGAGUGCAAAGCAACAUUGAUGCUAGGUGUAAGAUAUUUCGCAGUGCGAGGGGUCAAUCUGAUGAGUCUAUGACUCUCUUGCAGAUAGGGAUGUGUUGAUCUACAUGCAUUAGUGCUAUUGGCUAAUCUCAUCAAUUACUCUCUCGUAUAACCAGACUUCG